GGAAACCGACACAUCAUCCACUUUGCAUUUACGGUUUGUUACACUUCACACAGGUUACUUUACGCUUGUCGCAUACACUCGAGAUACGGCUGCGAACAUGGCGCGCUUUCAAAUCCUUCUCGCGGUCCUCGCAUCGUUUGUUUGGGGCUCGAGUGCGCAGUUUGGCUUCUUCGACCAGAUGUUCGGUGGUGGUGGAGGGCAGCAACAUCAGGAGCCGCAGAAUGUGAGGAGUGAUGCUAGUUGGUAUCAGGCGCAGUAUGAAGCUGCACAAUGCUCCCACUACCUCUGCCCCGGCACCCUUUCCUGCGUCCAUUUCCCACACCACUGCCCCUGCGCAUGGGAGAACGUUGAAGACAAAGUCGAACUCGGUGACGGAAUUGCGAUCUGUGGAAGUAAAGGAGGAUGGAACACUGGCGAGUUUGGCAGGAAGGUCGAAUUGGCUAGGAAGGGGCUGCUAUAAGAAGAGGGACGAGUUGUUCAUGCCGUAAGAGAGGGUACGCAGUUGAGGACGGCAAUAUCAUGGCUGGCCAUGGAGAGCUCAUGUCGAGUUACUGUGACAUGAGCAUAACUGGCAUGGACAUACACCUCGAAUGAGAAGGAAGAGCGAAAAUCUUGGGAAUGGACCAAUCAGGCCAGGUCAUGAAUUCGUUGAAUUGCAAAUAUACCAAU